GGAAAACCCCUAUCUAUAUGGGACUAUAUUCCGUGAACCGUAGAGGGCGCCAUCAAACAGGAGCACGACGAUAGAGAGAACGUAAUGGCAAUACUGGACAAGAGCAGAGGGGGAUACCGAGUGUUUGUGGGGGACCUCGGCAGCCGUGUGGGCAAGUAUGACCUUGAGCGGGAGUUCCAGUAUUUUGGCCCCAUCCUUGACGUGUGGGUAGCCAGGAAUCCCCCAGGAUUCGCAUUUCUAGUGUACAAGUAUGGUGACGAUGCAGAGAGAGCAGUGAGAAAACUUCACGGAAACAUGGUGUGUGGACGUCGUGUGCGUGUGGAACAUGCCAUUCCUUAUGAAGAGAAAAAAGCCAAUAGGUUUGAUCAGCAUUCAUCUAGACACAGAACAUAUCAAAGAUCUCACUCAAGGUCACGAUCUCCAAGGCAACGAAGAUCUCCAUCACCAAAAAGAAAAACUUCAAAGACACGUUCAACAUCGAAAGACAGGAGAUCUAGGUCAAGAUCAAGAAAACGAGACAGAUCAAGGUCAAGAAAAAGAGACGGAUCUGGGUCAAGGUCAAGAAAGCGAGACAGAUCUGGGUCUAGGUCAAGAAGAAGAGAUAGAUCUGGGUCAAGAUCAAGAAAAAGAGACAGAUCUAGGUCAAGAUCAAGAAAGAGAGGUAGAUCUAGGUCAAGGUCAAGACAAAAGGACAGAUCUAGCUCACGGUCAAGACAGAAGGACAGAUCAAGAUCAGCAAGCAAAGAUCGAAGAUCUAAUAGAAAAGGGAGGUCAAGGUCAAAAUCUAGGUCAAGAUCCAGCACGAAGGAGAAAAAUAAAGACCAGUCAACAGAAGAGACCUCAGAUUCCGCAGGAGAGAAGAAGUAUACCAAAGAUAAUAAAAGGUCAAAAUCCAAGUCUCCUGUAAAAGACAAGCCACAAGAAGAGAGCAUUACAGAGACUCAGCAAAAUGAUGGUGCCAAUGAGAGUGAGCAGAAUUUGAGAUCAAUUGAUGCUGAGAAUGGUCAUGAACCUGACACAAAGAGCACAAAUUCUGAGGAGGGUCAAGGAAUGGACAGAGGAGAGGGUGACACAAAGGAAACAGAGAGGAAUGGUGGAAAAUCAAAAAUAAAUGAAAAGAGAGAAGACAAUACUAAAGAGAAGCAUGGGAUGGACAAGUUUGAUAGAAUUAAAAAGGAAGACAGCCCCAGCUCUGAGAGUUCAUCUGAUGAAAAUUAGGAAAAUGUGGUUAACCAAUCAAAUGUCUCUAUGAAUUCAUCCAAUCAGUUAACUCAAUUUCUGAUGACAAAUGACCAAUCAGAUGUAUUUAUUUUUGUACAUGUAUUUGAUUAUUGAAUCACAUGGGUGUUACUGGUUUGGAUAUAAGACUUUCCUCUAAGAGUGUUAGUGAAUAGUGAGUUUAAGGUAGAUGACCUAUUAGUGAAUAGAGAGUUUAAGGUAGAUGCACCCUUUCUUCUUCUUCUUUGUUCUCUUCUUAUUCUUGAAUAAUAAAUACAUGCAUAUUUUCAGGAAGCUUAACUUUCAAGAUUAUUUUAUUCCUACUGUCUUAAUCAUCCAUAUUAUUUUCUGUUUUAUGAAAACAUCUGCAUUUUGAAAUGACUCUUUGAUUAUCAGGGUCACUGUGUGGUUGUGAGUGUAAGCAUCAAUAUAAGGUAUUAUAUUGCAGAAUUUUAUCUGACAUUAUUAACCUUAUACAGUGGGAAGAUUCAAAAAUACUGCUGAAAUCAAAACCUCAAUUUUUGUCCCCUGUCCAUGCAAACGUUAGUAUUUUUUGUUUUGUUUUGUUUAUAAUGAUAAACAUAAAUGCUUUUUUGAAUUUAAAAUCUGUUUUGAUUUGAGUUAGUAUGGAUCCCUGAAUGAAACAUGUUUUACCAAAAAGCUGUGUAUUCUGAGUAAUCUCAAAUUUUCUAAGUAAGUCACAACAAUUUACAUGUAUAUACUUUACAGACCUAAAAACAGCAGAAAGAUAAAGGAAAUGUUUACUGGGUAAUGAAACCAAUAUUUAUUAUUAAUAAGUAUGUAUUCAGAAGUGCAUUUUGUCAUUAAAAAUCAUGUCAGAAAUACUGCAUGAAAACACAUUUCUGAAAUGGCCAUAAUGAAGUGCUCAAAAUUCACAAUCAUGUUUAUCCAUAUGUUACUGUGUUCAUUCACAAUUCUUGUAAAUCAUGUGUAAUUACAUGUAAUUGUUCUAUUUAAUCUUGUUUUAAUUCUUUUUCAAAAAAUUGAUCUGCAACAAUCAACUUUCUACCGAAAUACAUGUAAUCCAUUGCUUUAUAAUAUUUUAAGUUUGUG